AUGGUGACAGAGAUACGCGACAACAUCGAGGUCAUUCACUCUGGUGAGUAUGGCUCCUUCCUACAGUAUCUCUUCCCAGUAUUCUAUAAUAUAUUACGACAGGGUGCGGUUCAAUUCGAUGCCAAUGCACCAGAACAGAAGAUACGUAAUACUAUAUUGGAGAUAUUGAAUAAGUUACCAAACAAUGAUAUACUGAAGCCACAGGUACAGAACUUGUUGCAGCUGUCGAUGUAUUUGAUCGAGGUGGACAAUGAGGAGAAUGCAUUGGUCUGUCUGAGAAUCAUAAUGGAGUUGCACAAGAACUACCGACCGACAUUAGAAGCCGAGGUACAACCCUUUCUCAACAUCGUCAACAAGAUGUAUAACGAUCUGCCGAUGACCCUGGAGAAGGCAUUCAAACAGCCGCCUCCACCAACAUCCACUACGCCACCUCCGCCCGGUGGUCCGGGCGCAGCACCUGGCACGCAGGCUAUAACCUCGCCGACUGCGGGCGGCGGCGGCGGCGGCGGCACAUCCUCGCCACCCAUCCAGGGCGGCCAGCCACGCCCACUCCCAAUCACGCCCAGCAUGUCGUCGUUCAAGGUGUUGACCGAGAGUCCUAUUAUCGUCGUGUUGCUGUUCCAGCUGUAUCCCAGCUCGGUGGCGGGCAACGUGGGCAAGUUCAUCCCGUACAUCAUCAAUGCACUGAGUCUGCAGGCGCCCGAGACGGCAUCGGUCACGCAUCACCAGCAAUACGUGGACUUUAUUGGCGCGCAGGUCAAGACACUCUCGUUCCUGGCCUACACACUCAAGCAGCACAUGGACCUUAUCCGCCCAUACGCCGACACAUUCCCCAAGUACGUCAUCCACUUGAUGAAGAAUUGUCCGCCACAGUCGUCGACUAUCCGCAAGGAGCUAUUGUUCGCCACGCGUUACAUCCUGUCGUCGGAGCUUAAGUCGCGCUUCAUCGUCUAUCUCGACCUGCUGCUGGACGAGAAGAUCCUAAUUGGCUCGUCCAAGACAUCGUACGAGGCGCUACGAUUCAUUGCCUACUCCUCGUUGGCCGACUUUAUACAUCACAUGCGCAACGACCUGACACUGGCGCACAUUGCCAAGGUGGUGACACUGUACAGCAAGCAUCUCCACGACUCCACCAACCACUUCAGCAUCCAGGCCAUCUCGGCCAAGCUGUUUAUCAGCAUCGUCGAGUACAUUCCGCGCAAGCCCGAUCCCGAGUUCAAGGCUCGCUCAAUCAUUUACAAGAUCUUUGAGGCAUUCAUCAACAAGUUUGUCAGCCUCAAGAAACAGAUACCAAAGCUGUUGCAGCAACAGAAACAGCAGCAAGAGCAACAACAACAACAACAGCAACAGGCACAGUUAGACGAAUCUUCCUCCGCGACCUCGGGUGCAGCGGCGCCCGCAGAUGCGCGCAAGGAUGCCCCUGGCCCAGGAGCCGACAACUCAUCGUCUGGCAGCAUGCCCGUCGGAGACCCAAUCAAGGACUGCCGAAGUCUGUUAAAGACCAUAAUUGGAGGCUUCAGGAACAUUGUGUGGGCGCUCAACUCUUGUCCCAGCCAGCGACCCGUCAUGACGACGGCGGGCACCCAAACAGUGGUCCGCAUUGGUCUGUCGCAUGUGGAGGAGUCACUCAUGUACAUCAAGAUGUUCAAGAAUCUGAUCAAAUGUCUGCCGGCGUACGGCGGCAUCAACCCAGCCCCGAACGAGGAGAAGGAGAGCUUGGAGCACUUCUCCACCACGCUGCUCCAACUAGAGUAUCGCACAUUCCAGGAGCUAUUCACUUCGACCAUUGGCUUCCUCUACGACCGCUGCACCGAAGACCAGACCCUGCUCAUCAUACCACAAGUGCUCAUGAGCUUCAGUCCCAACCAAACACAAUCCAACAGUCCCAGCAAGCAGUUCUCAGAGAUCAUCGCGCCAUUCCUCAAUGAGAAGUUAAAGAACACACUACCAACCGAUAAACCUGAUCCUAUACUAUUGCGAUUGCUGAAACAUUUGUUUGGAACGGUGCUGGUCAACAAUGAGAUUGAGCCGGCUGUUCAAUCAGUGCUCCAGUCGAUCAUACUUCAGGCUGUGAAGCUGGCCACUGAGUCCAACCCAUUGGGCUCGCUCAACUACUUUAUGCUGCUAAAGAUGAUCUUUAGAGGUUGCAACAAGCCAGACCUGACCAAGGACAUCACUAUCCUGUUUCCAGGCAUCUUGGAGACCCUGAACGAGCUGCUGUCCAGCUCGCACCCCACAGAUAUGAUCCAUUUGUUUGUCGAGCUGGCGCUCACAGUGCCCGUGCGCAUCACCUCGUUCCUGCCCUGCAUCCAUCUGCUGGUGCGCCCGCUCAUCAUUGCUCUCAAGUCCAAUUCGCAUGACCUCCUGACUAUCGCGUUCAAGACGAUCGAGCUUCUGGUUGACAAUGUCACAGGUGACUUCUUGCUCAAUGUGUUCCGCGAGAACAAGACUGAGUUCCUGCACGCCAUCUGGGCACAUCUCAAGCCCAUGCCCUACUUCUUUGGUCCACACGCUGUGCGUGUCCUAGGCAAGAUGGCUGGCAAGAGUCGCUCGCUGACGGUGCACGCUUCGACGCCACUGAUCGAGACCACGCCCACACCAAUCGACGCGUUCAAGGUGGUACUGCCACUGGGAACCGACACGCAGCUCAGCAUCGAGUUGGAUCGCUCGUCCGAGACGGCCACCAACGUGCUGCUCAAUCACAGCGACCCAUUCCUGCUACAGAACGCCUUCAACUUGCUGCGUCGCUACAUCUCACUCAAUCUAAACAAGGAGCCGCUGCACGCACACACCUCACAGAUCUACAACACAAUUCAGGCCAACAAGCAACAGGAUGCAUCAAUGCCAAUCAUAUUCUCUAUUGUUGAGGCGCCACGACAACUCCCUGCGCCAUCUGCUUCGUCAAUGUCGCCGUCCACGCUGCCCACGUCGCCACCUGCACCUGCUUCCCACUCACAGCAAUCAAAGACGCGCGAGGAGUACAUGGAUGAGGUUCGCAUCAUGAGGGUGAUGUUCGCCGGCUGCUACGUUGCCUAUGGAAUCGAGUCCCUGCGCCAAGAGUCGCAACCCUACCUGGCUAAGCUUGCCAGCCACUUCACAUUGAUGUUUGCAUCACGUCGUCUCGACACUCCGCUCUCUUCACUCCAUGAACUCGACCCCAAACUGUUCUUCGAUGCACUGGUGGAGCUGAUGUCCAAAGCGCCAGGCGAUGGCAAGAACCUGCUGUCGACAGAGGAUCAGACCGCCAUUCUCGACAUGCUUUACAAGUGCGCGUGUGAAGUGUACAAUGUGUCGCCAGGCGAUGCGAGCCCAUGCCCACUGUUCAGCUACUUGAUACACUCAUUCAUCAAUGCCUGCUAUCAGGCCAAGUUUAGCGAGAUGAAUGCCGGCUGCGCGGGCAUCAAGUUCUUCCUGGACAAGUAUCAAGAGUGUAACAUAUGGAUCAAUGCCCUGCAGCCACAACUGCUCAAGGCACUCCUUCACAUCAUCGACAGUCUCUCCUACGCAGGCUUCCAGCCACUCAUCAGUACGGCCACUGAGGUAGUCGAGAAGCUGAUCAAGCUGUGUACCCCUCACUUGGACAUUCCAAUCACUGAGCAACAACAACAAACCAUGGACAUCGACUCGAGCAACAACAACAAUGCAUCAUCUUCAUCCGUCACAGAGACUAAUGCGACGGCGACUUCGAACGCUAUGGACAUCGAUCAAAACACACCAUCGACCUCCCAACAACAGAACACACCAUCGACCAAUGCGCCAAUGGAGAUCAAUCAAACACCUGUAAACAUUUCAUCACCAUCAUCGCCAAUGACACCCUCGACAACCGUUUCACAGUCACCUGCAGCUGCCACAGGCACAGUCGCGUCAGCACCAGCAGGUACAUCCCCUGUCAAUCCAGGACAACCAACAGCCACCCCAGCGCCCACAACGGGCGCCCCGACUACAGCCCCCACAGCACCACCCGUGCCAGUGACUCCACCACUCCCACCACACGCAACCCUUGCCCAGCUCGACGAUCAACAACGUGCACUUAUGAAGGAGAUCAUUGAGUUCCUUUUCCGUCAGCUGUUCUCGGUGCAAUCACACACGAGAAAGGUUGUCCAGCGAUUGAUCAAGACAAUCUCAGAGAUCACAAACAUCCCUGUCCAUCUGCUCCAUGAUGACCCACGCUCAUUCUUCAUGCGCAUCCUACCACGCUCGCUCAAGUUGCUGUCGAUUGGUGCGCAGACUGGACUGAUGGAGGGCCUCAACUUCUGUCUCUCACAGCAUCUCUCAAUGAUACCAUUCAAUCAGGACUCGACCAAGUUCCUGCUUGAGUGUCUUUUAGUGUCAGGUGAGGACCCUACCAUCGUGGCCAAAGCCAACUCACAACGCGCCAUUGCCCAAAUGUCCCAGCUACGCCAGGCUGGACUCGAGAUGAUCACGACUGCCACAACAUGUCCUGAGUACAUCGCCUUUGACAAUCAGGAGCUCAAGAACCGUACGAUCCGCGCGUUCUUCAAAGCCGUGACCGUGCGCAACAAGGACAUCUCGGCGGUGGCCAAGCGUGGCCUGCAGAUCUCCAUUACCCAACAGCGACUCAAUCGUGACGUGCUCCAGAUCUGCCUCAAGCCCAUCCUCACCAAUCUGACCGACCCCAAGAACAUCACGGUCUUCUUCCUCCAAGGCCUGUCGCGUCUGCUCGAGUUGCUCUCGUCGUGCUUCAACGCCGCUCUGGGCGACCGCCUGUUUGAGUACCUUAAGAAGUUUGAGGGACACUGGCAAGCUCACUUCUAUCGCCAACCGCUAUAA